AUGGAGAUAUUGUGUAUUGAACGUGAUGAACACGAAGCACAGCGCUCAUGCAAACUCAAGGUUCCAGUCUCAGUAAUAAGGAAUAAUAUCGCUAGUACGGAUGAGUAUCAAGAAAAGUUAUCUGGGAAUAUACAAUGGGUUUCAGCUAAUGGGGUUGCACGUGAUAAUUUGGGUGUCCCACUCAUUGUUAUAUCGUGGUCUAUUGCUGAAAUGAUUCGUUAUUCAUAUUAUGUGGCAGAUAUUUGUAGGGUAAAGUUAAAUCUGCUAACUUGGUUGAGGUACUCAGGCUUUCUGGUUUUGUAUCCAACUGGGAUUUCUGGUGAGGUUCUUCUAAUAGUAAGUGGCAUAAAAAGACUGAGGGAAACAGAACAAUAUUCCUUCGAUCUUCCAAAUGCUUUAAAUUGUUCACUCAGUUAUUGGUUUGCUUUGGCUGCUAUACUUAUAACCUACAUUCCAG